AUGGUGAGCUCUCUGGAGAAGGGGAACAGAAGGAGCACAGUGGCAAGCUUUAAGAUAAGACCCUGUACAGUUACCCCAAAGCAAGUGACAAUCCUAGGAGAAACUCAUGAAGAGGAGGAUGAGAUCCUUCCACGCAAAGACUAUGAGAGCUUGGAUUAUGAUCGUUGUAUCAAUGACCCAUACUUGGAAGUUUUGGAGAGCAUGGACAACAAGAAAGCCCAGAGAUACGAAGCAGUGAAGUGGGUGAUGGUUUUUGCUAUUGGAGUCUGCACAGGACUGGUGGGUCUCUUUGUGGAUUUCUUUGUACGACUCUUUACCCAGCUCAAGUUCCAGGUGGUACAAAGCUCAGUGGAAGAAUGCACUGAGAAAGGCUGUCUUGCCGUGUCCUUGCUGGAGCUGCUAGGGUUCAACCUGACCUUUGUUUUUCUUGCCAGUCUUCUGGUCCUGAUCCAACCUGUAGCAGCUGGAUCAGGAAUUCCUGAAAUUAAGUGCUACCUCAAUGGGGUAAAGGUUCCAGGUGUUGUGCGUCUCCGGACGGUGGUGUGCAAAGCCAUGGGAGUGCUCUUCAGUGUGGCAGGAGGCCUUUUUGUCGGGAAGGAGGGUCCAAUGAUUCACAGUGGUGCUGUCGUGGGUGCAGGUUUGCCACAGUUCCAGAGCAUCUCUUUGAGGAAGAUCCAAUUUAACUUUCCCUAUUUCCGCAGUGACAGGGAUAAAAGGGAUUUUGUAUCUGCUGGAGCUGCUGCAGGGGUUGCGGCUGCCUUUGGAGCCCCAAUUGGGGGCACUCUUUUCAGCUUGGAAGAAGGUUCCUCCUUCUGGAACCAGGGACUUACAUGGAAAGUGCUUUUCUGUUCCAUGGCUGCCACCUUCACCCUGAAUUUUUUCCGCUCUGGGAUUCAGUUUGGAAGUUGGGGGUCUUUCCAGCUCCCUGGGCUGCUGAACUUUGGGGAGUUCAAGUGCUCUGAGUCUGAUAAGAAAUGCCACCUCUGGACAGCUGUGGACUUGGGCUUCUUCAUUCUGAUGGGGAUUGUAGGAGGCCUUCUUGGAGCCACCUUCAACUGCCUGAACAAGAGACUUGCAAAGUACCGCAUGCGGAACGUGCAUCCCAAGCCAAAGCUUGUCAGAGUCUUGGAGAGCCUGCUGGUGUCGUUGACUACCACGGUCGUGGUCUUUGUAGCCUCCAUGGUUCUGGGGGAAUGCCGGCAGAUGUCUUCCACCAGUCAUAGUGGCAAUGACACUCUGAGCCUGCAGGGUAUGUCAGAGGAUGUGAAUUCAAGCAUCAAAACUUUUUUCUGCCCAAAUGAAACCUACAACGAUAUGGCCACUCUAUUCUUCAACCCUCAGGAGUCGGCUAUCUUGCAGCUCUUCCACCAGGAUGGUACUUUCAGCCCAGUCACACUGUCCUUGUUCUUCCUUCUCUAUUUCUUACUCUCCUGCUGGACAUACGGGAUCUCUGUGCCCAGUGGUCUUUUUGUACCAUCACUGCUUUGUGGGGCUGCCUUCGGACGCCUGGUCGCCAACCUCCUCAAAAGCUACAUUGGCCUGGAUCACAUCUACUCAGGAACCUUUGCACUGAUUGGGGCAGCAGCAUUCCUGGGAGGAGUGGUCCGCAUGACAAUUAGCCUGACUGUCAUCCUAAUUGAAUCCACCAAUGAGAUCACCUAUGGGCUCCCAAUAAUGAUCACCCUCAUGGUAGCCAAAUGGACAGGAGACUUUUUCAACAAAGGCAUCUAUGACAUCCAUGUGAACUUGCGAGGAGUGCCUCUUCUGGAGUGGGAAACAGAGGUGGAAAUGGAUAAACUACGAGCCAGCGACAUCAUGGAACCCAACCUGACAUAUGUCUACCCACACACCAGGAUCCAGUCCCUUGUUAGCAUCCUGCGCACCACUGUCCAUCAUGCCUUCCCUGUAGUGACUGAGAACCGGGGCAACGAGAGGGAGUUCAUGAAGGGAAAUCAGCUGAUAAGUAACAACAUCAAAUUCAAGAAAUCUAGCAUCCUCACCCGAGCUGGAGAGCAGCGCAAGCGUAGCCAGUCCAUGAAAUCCUACCCUUCAAGUGAACUGCGUAACAUGUGUGAUGAGCACAUAGCAACGGAGGAGCCACCAGAAAAGGAGGAUCUGUUGCAACAGAUGCUAGAGAGAAGAUACACUCCCUACCCCAACCUGUACCCUGACCAGUCUCCCAGUGAAGAGUGGACCAUGGAGGAACGCUUCAGACCUUUGACCUUCCAUGGCUUGAUCUUGCGCUCACAGCUUGUCACCCUCCUUGUCAGGGGUGUUUGUUACUCUGAGAGCCAGUCGAGUGCAAGUCAGCCUCGUCUGUCCCAUGCAGAGAUGUCAGAGGAUUACCCCCGCUAUCCAGAUAUUCAUGACCUGGACCUCACGUUGCUGAACCCUCGCAUGAUAGUGGAUGUCACCCCAUACAUGAACCCAUCACCCUUUGCUGUCUCUCCAAACACUCAUGUGUCACAAGUCUUCAACCUGUUCAGGACAAUGGGACUCAGGCAUUUACCAGUUGUGAACGCAGUUGGAGAGAUUGUUGGGAUAAUCACUCGGCACAACCUGACCCACGAAUUUCUGCAGGCAAGACUGAGACAACACUAUCAGACCAUUUGAUGCCCUUGCCCACCCUGCCCCACUGUCGGUGUGGCUACCUCCCUCUUCCAAGCCUGCACACGCGCUCGCAUUCUGCUUGGACCCCACAAGGCCCAAGACGUGCCAUUUGGCUUCUCACAUGCAUAUCAAGCCUGGGGAGCUGGAAAACAUCUUGCUAGCCAGAGAAUUAGAGGAGCAGCCUGAGCCCAGAGCUGUUGAUUGAUCUCAGGCACUUGGUUUGACCACUCUUGAUCCAGGUUUUUUCUUU